AGAUGUCCUUGCGCUGCCAAUUUUCAAGCAGGAAGAGCCACAGCUGUCUCCUGAGAAUGAUGCCAAGCUGCCACCCUUUCAGUAUGUCCUCUGCACAGCCACGUCACCUGCCGUGAAAUUGCACGAAGAAACCCUGACCUAUCUCAACCAAGGUCAGUCUUAUGAAAUCCGUCUACUUGAGAAUAGGAAAUUGGGAGAGUUUCAAGAUUUAAACACAAAAUAUGUAAAGAGCAUAAUUCGUGUAGUUUUCCAUGAUCGACGCCUGCAGUACACAGAGCAUCAGCAGCUUGAGGGCUGGAGGUGGAGUCGGCCUGGGGACCGCAUCCUUGAUAUAGAUAUUCCGCUGUCAGUCGGUAUCUUGGAUCCCAGGGCUAGCCCAACCCAGUUGAACACUGUUGAAUUUCUCUGGGAUCCAUCAAAGAGAGCCUCAGCAUUCAUUCAGGUACAUUGCAUCAGCACAGAAUUUACUCCACGAAAACAUGGAGGAGAGAAAGGGGUGCCCUUCCGGGUGCAAAUCGACACCUUUAAGCAGAAUGAAAAUGGUGAAUACACAGAACACUUGCAUUCUGCAAGCUGCCAGAUCAAAGUGUUCAAGCCUAAAGGAGCAGACAGAAAGCAGAAGACUGACAGGGAAAAAAUGGAAAAGAAGACCACCCAAGAGAAGGAGAAGUAUCAGCCUUCCUAUGAGACAACUAUUCUCACAGAGUGUUCUCCCUGGCCAGAUGUGCCUUAUCAAAUGAACAAUGCUCCAUCUCCAAGCUACAACAGUUCUCCCAACAGCUUCAACCUUGGAGAUGGCAACAGUUCUCCAACCCACCAAAUGGAGCUCCUGCCUCCCAGCAAUGAUCAUCUCCUUCCUUCUGCUUCUAUUCAAGAUGCCCAGCAGUGGCUUCAUCGUAAUAGGUUCUCUCCAUUCUGUAGACUCUUCUCAAGUUUUUCGGGUGCCGACUUACUGAAGAUGUCCAAAGAUGAUUUUGUUCAAAUCUGUGGGCCUGCUGAUGGAAUUCGGCUCUUCAAUGCAAUCAAAGGAAGAAAUGUAAGGCCCAAGAUGACAAUUUAUGUCUGUCAAGAACCAGAGCAAAACAGGUCCCAUCUCCACCAAAAACGAGAAAAUGGAGAUGGCAGUCUUUGUGUAUAUCAUGCAAUCUUCUUAGAAGAAUUGACCACGCUGGAAUUAAUUGAGAAGAUUGCAAACUUGUACAGCAUUUCUCCACAGCAGAUAAAUCGGAUCUAUCGGCAGGGACCCACAGGGAUCCAUGUAUUGGUGAGCAAUGAGAUGGUGCAAAACUUCCAAGAUGAGUCUUGUUUUGUUAUCAGCACAUUAAAAGCUGAAAGCAAUGAUGGCUACCACAUCAUUUUAAAAUGACCGUGCUGCACAGAAAGACUUUAACAGCCUAAAAUUUAGUGCCUCACUGAGAUUGCUACAACCUAGAUGGAAACAUGAAGAACCUUCUGGAUAAACGCUCCUGUGAACUAAGAAUUACCAAACAGCUUAAGGAAAAACUUGCUUUUACAGAUACACAUUUUUGGUGGUGUGUGAUUUUGGUUUUGGUUUUUUUCCUUUGUUUUUGAAACUGGAGCUGAGAACAUCCUCAAAGCUUGUACAUGUUUCUUCCUCCCUCCCCUCCUCUUCAGUCUUAAAAAAUUGUUGAGGUUUCUGCUUAUUAUGUAGAAAC